UUUAGGUUCUUUACAAGAAAAGAUAUAAUGCUGAGAAAGGAAUAUCAAAUUAUGCACAGAUGAAGAAUCUUCCAGAUGUUAAGCAUGCCAUGGAAGUUAGUAAACAUCAGAGUAAUGUUUCAUAUAAAAAACAUCUCCAGGAUAUUCACAAAUUUACUGAAAUUUCCAAUAGACCAGAUAUAAUGAUGGCAACAAAGCUAACAAAGAUAAUAAGCAAUGCUGAAUAUUCAAAAGGAAAACAAGAAAUGAGCAAAGAUCCAACUGUACUCGGAAGGCUAGACUUUAAUCAUGUUCAGAAAGUAUCCAAGUUGUUAAGUCAAGUAAGGUUUUGAUGUAUUUUACAUUCAGCAGAAAUAUAUUUCUCCCAAGAAUAUAAUCAAUGUUUUCUUUUUAAAUUGUAAUUUUUUUUACAAAAAUUAUGCUUCAGUAACUUUUUAAAAUUGUGUUGUGAAAAAAAUGCAUUUAACUGAGAAACAAUAGCAGCAGCUCACUAACAGAUAAUAAAUCUCAAUUUUAUUACAGCAGGUGAUCAGAUUAUAAUAUUUUGAUGUGCUCCACAUAGUAUGUGGUUGUGCUUAACGGUGCUAAAUUCUGUUAUUGCAAAUAUUUUUUAAACAUUGUAUUGAAAACAAGGAAUAAUUUCAGUAGAAAUGAAAACACAUACUGCAGCUGAAUAUGGCCAUUAACCUAAAAAAGAAUGACUUGUCUUUGUAUUAUGUUAUAUAACACCCAAUACUAAAUUUGAUAUGAAGGUUUCUUCAUAUCAGAAAAUUGACAUAAAAUAAUAUUUUAUAGAUAAAUGCAAGAUGGUUUUCUGGAAAGGCAAAGUAAAGUCAUUAAGUCAAAACAUCUCAGGGAUAUCAGGUUGCUUGUAACUGACUUAAUUCUGUAGAUCUCUAGAAAAAAUUUUUAUCAGAGAGGAAGCAGCAUGUUUGGGGAGUGUUGAAAUGAAUAUAAUUAAAAGUGGCUACAUUUUUAAUUAUAAGAGGUUUGAUUGUUUAAAUAUUAUGCCUACUUACUAUUUCUUACUUAAUCUUGAACAGUCAGAAAUCUAGGCCCAAAUUUAGUAUAGUGACAAACUGAUUAUAUCCUGUAGUAUAUAGAGCAGAGGUGGGUUCCUACCAGUUUGCACCAGUUCGGUAGAACCGGUUCGUAAAA